GAUUCUUUCAAACUUAAUGAAGCAAAAACUUCAGGUGAAUAUAAAGGUUUUGCUAAAUGCAAAGACUUAUCAUGUCAGUUUUGAUCAGUGAUUUUUUUAUAAAUUGCGAAAAAAAGGCCAAUCCGAAUAAACAGCAUCAAAAUUCCACGAGGUUCAAAACGUCUCUCUCUUCCCACUCACAGUUUUCAACGCGCUACUUUAAAUAGCAACUAUUUCUGUAGCUAUUGUCUACUACAAGAAAAUGAAGACCAGAAAACUGAGUUCCUGUCCCACACUCGUGACAUAAUGAUUCAUGGUAAAUAAUUUAUUCUCAUUAAUGGUAAAUCAUGACUAAACCAGCAGUUUUGUGUAGGGUCUUUAGGGUAUACGACUUUUAAACAUGUUCUGUGACCUGUGCCAAACCAGAAAGCUUUACAGAGAGUUUCCCAUAGAUGCUCUUACGGAUGAAUGUGAACAUGCGCCUCUACAUUGCCUCAGGGUAAGUAAGUGAUAAUUUACCUUAUACAUAAUUCGAAGCAGCGUGUUGGUGAACAGUUAAGAUAAUCGCGGAGAAAGUAUGCUCUUUAAAGGUCCACGCUUGGAUUACUUGGUACAUGCAUGUGCGAAUAUUUCAUGUCGCACAUGUAGGUUUAAUGGUUUAAAAAUCAAUUUUCAAGCAAACGAUAGGAACUAAAGAGAUGAUGUGUCUAGGUAUCUGUGCCUUGAAGAGUAAACCAUUGUGAAUUUAUUACUUGCUCAAACUAAACUUGUUAGUUACUAAGAAAGAAUCGCUCCCCUCGGUUUUAUUUUGAUUUUGCGAUAGUCAUAUAAUAGAGAAACAUUUCCUUUCAGUGUGUAACAAAGCAUGUUCAGGAAUUCCACAAGUGUUCUCAGUGUACACAAGUGGUUACCACCGACAACCCACGCUAUCUCGAAUGCUUGGCCAGGCUCGACAUUCUGUUUCCAAAACAUGAUGUGUCUUCUGCCCCUGAAGAUGCCAAAUUGCCAUCGACGGGAGGCGACAAGACGAUUUCUGUUGUGAUGUUGGGUGGGGAUAGUACUGUUGUAGAGUACCAACCACUUAUGACGAUUCUAUCGCUGAAGAUCUUCAUAAAAAGCAGACUUGGUCCAGAACCAAACAAACAACGCUUACUGUACAAAGAACAAGAGCUCAAGGUAGGAACAACUACGAGACGUACACUCAUUUUUUCAACAAAAUAGUUAUAAAUUAAUAAUUUUGCUUAGCCGGUAAUUAACAAGAGCCUGAAAGUACUACUGGUUGUGCGUUCUUCAGCUGCUUGUCGUCGUGCAAGUUGUAGGAAACAUUCAACAAAAAAUGAAAUACAAGUGCUGUCAAGGCCCUUUUUCUGUUUUUAAAACUGAAUUGUUUACUUGGUUUUUCGUCGAAGAAAGAGAACUGCUUGCGGUUCCCAGCCAACAGCUUCCACAUGUGUACGGUGGAGCUGGCGCUUAAAGGAGAGGGUCUGUGAUCGUAAGAGAGACCGUGCUGGCUAUACCAUGCUGGUGGGUCCUAGCAAGGACGAAUCAGCUGUCCAUGGCUGGCACUGUCGGGUUGAUUUGUUUGUGCGCAUGCUUAAGGUACGGGUCAUACCGCCGAAUUGGUAGUGUGUGCUUCAGUUCAUAGUGUGGUCUUGAUUCAUCGAUGGCUGAGUAUCAGUCUGCAUAGCAGGCGUCGGUAAUUUCUUCAAAGGCCGCGCGAGGGGAACAAGUGAAGGAGAGAGGUUGAGGACUACUUUAUGGUUGUUCAUAGGGGGGAAAUGUUAAACAAGUUAUCAGCCUUCCUGGAUCUUUUCUCCAGAAGAAACAAAACUACACUGAAGAUUACUGAGUACCAGAUAUUGUGAUUUAUAAUCCAAAGCGUAGUUUGCACCUAACGGUUUCUAGGUCCGAUUUUGCAAACGAAAGAAAUUCAAAACACAAAAAUCGGCCUAAUUUACCAUUCGAGUGGAAUCCCUUUUAGAUGGAAAGAUUGAUCUAUAAAGAUAAACUGUGAACUGGACACAACCAAAGGGUUUCGAGAAUGACAAUCGACCUAAAUAAAACAUUAAAUUUAAUGAGCUAUUAUGUUCUCAAAGGAGUGUGGUGUGGAGGAGGGGCUUCAGAAAUGUAGACGUCUUUUUUUGUUUUUAAAUCAGUUAAGUAUCUAUUGCUGAGUUCUUUCCAUGGGUUGAAGUUUAUAGGCGUUUUAAUUUUUGGAUUUUAAGUAACUAGAAGUGUAUAAAUGGACGCCUCGCUUUUAGCUUUGGCUAAAAUCUAUAUAUUAGUCUACAAAUAGAGUCGCUUCUAAUAGUUACUCGCCGCUGGGAUAGGGUGCAGCAUUCCCAGGCAACGAGUGCUGGGCGCUCUGCUCUUUAAAGUUUUUUAAUAAACAAAAGCCAAGUACAUCUUAAUUUUUUUUGCCAGUUUUACUUUUUAACUUGAACCAGAAAAUCGCCUUAAAGUUUUUUCUCCGUAAUUGUCCUAUUCGCAGUGAAUAUCACACAACUUCGUUCUCGAAUACUUUGCAAAUGUUUCAGUUUGCUACGUAAUGAUGGUGUUAAUCGUAAUGUCGGGAAUGAGAGAACAACAAUUGGUACGCUCUUUACAUUAUAUAUGAAUUCUCUAUAUUUCAGACAUACACCAGUGCUGAUAAAUUGGCCACUUUACAAGAUAACGGGGUCCAGCCAUUCAGUACACUGCAUCUGAUCGUGGUUCUGUAUGAGAUCUCCGAGUCUCUUGAUAACGUGAUUUUCGACUUGUUCUGGGGCUAUCCGACGAGUAGACGUGAUUAUUUAGAUGCGUCUGUACUUAUUUACAGUGGCAGCUCGUUUCAAACUGUAGUCGAUUUUAGGUGUCGUGGUUUUAGCGGUGUUACGCACUCCGGUGAUGUAAUGGAUGACGUCAAGCGUCUUGGUCAUCAUACCAUAAAUGUGAAGCUGAAAAGCUUGCCUUCGUCUGUCGACAAGCUGUUCUUUACUCUAAGUGCUUGGAACUCACCAAACAUCUCCAAGUACAAAAAUCCCAGCCUGCGCUUCUUUGACGCCAAGGAACCCAACAAGCAGCUCUGCAGUGAUCAAAUGCAAUAUGCAGUUUACUCCCAGGCCAUUAUCAUGGGCAGUCUAUGUAAGAUAAACCACAGCUGGAAAGUGUUAAGUUUACGCAAGCAGUCCGCGGGAAAUGCAAAGAAUUAUUCCCCAUUGCAACAAACAAUUGGUAGGGUCAUUGUGCAAGGAUUGUGUUAGGAAUGGAUUUUUGUUACACUGAAAGACCUUGUAACAGCUCUUCAAUAAGAGAAAAUCUUUAAUAAUCUUUCUUUUAGCAGUGCGUAUUUUGCAAUCUUAGAUCGUACGUUUAUGAUUGUUUUUAGCUUAUUCUCAUCCUAUAAAACUGGUUCUCGUUUUUUCAGUCCUCCAUGGGAAGUUGAUUAACUGGUUCUUAAGGUUCACGAACGAACGUUUUAGUCGAAAGAGUGCCUUGCUGCCUAUUUUUCAAGUUAUCGGUGUGACGCUUGUGUAAAGUUGUCUGAAUUACAGUAAUGCACUAUUGUAACCAUUCUUUCCUUGUUUUAACAUUUUUUUUUCAAAAACCAGGCCCGGGUUGUUCAAACGUUGGAUAGCGCUAUCCAUCGCAUAAAUCACUAUCUAGGGAAAAAGUGUUCGGGAAACCAAUUGCACUAUCCACUGGAUAGCGAUUUGUCCGCUGGAUAGUGAACAACUGGGGCCAGAACUAUAGCGUAUGAAGGAAGAAUCAAGAUAUGCUAAAAAGGUUUGAAGUUGUAUGUCCGCUUCCAGACCCAAGGUCCCCAAGCAAAUGACGUAACAGCAAAAUCACUAAUCAUCAGCAUCAACACUAGAAAAAAUUAAUAAAAAU